CUAACUUAAUAUGGCAAUAUUACAUAAAAGGAGAAAAUUAUGCAACUGCAAUAUGUAAGAUUUGUAAAACAUUGAUAAGACAUGCUAAUAAGAUACAAACUUUAACAAGACAUUUUGUGAAAAAACAUCAAGAAGAGGUAACAAAAAUACAAAAACCAAUUUUAAACAGUUGGUUAUCAUCGCAUUUCGCAGACAUAAAAGAUUGUAUAGCGAGAUGCAUUCAUUGCAAUAGCAAAUUGAAUAUAUUAAAUAGUAUAGAUGCCUUAGCGAAUCACUUAAAAAUCUGUCGUCAUAUAAAUGAAAAUCCAAGAAAUGAUAACCAAAAUGUAGAGAAUAACGUGGAUAUAUUACUAUCAUUGAAAUAUUCAUGGGCGUGGCAACAUUGUACAUCAAUAAACAAAAAUGAAAUAAAAUGUAACCAUUGUGAUAAAAUUUAUAAAGGUUCAAGCAUUACAAGAGGAAUUAAACAACAUUUAUGUAAUUUUCAUAAUUUAUCAAACGGCAACGAGUGGAAAAAUUUCGAAACGACUUACAACUUGUUAUGGCAAUAUUUCACUAAAGAAGGAGAAUGUACCGCAAAAUGUACUAUUUGCAAUCAGCUGAUAAAAAAUGCAUCCGAUGUGGUAUGUUUGACAUCCCAUUUGACAAGAAAACAUAAACAGGAAGUAAUAAAUAUAAAAGGAACGAUUAAACGUGCCUGGUUAGUACGACAUUUUGCUAUCAGCAAUGACAGUCAUAUGAUAAAAUGCAUUCAUUGCGAUUGCAAAUUGACGAUAUUUCUGGGAAUAAAUGGUUUAGCGAAUCACUUACUAGCGUUCCAUGGUAUAAGUGACAGUACGCGAACUGAAAGAGAAAAUGAAAAAAAUAAUGCAGACAUAAUGAUGCAGCAAUUAAAUGACAAAAGCAGCGCAAAGAAUGAUUGCGCUAUGGAAAAUAAGAAAAGACAACGAUCUUGUUAUGAAUCAAUUCAAGAUCAACCAAUAAUGCAGACGAAUAUUUUGAAACAAAUAUUGCGAUCUGAAACAUCAAAUAAUGACAGUUUAGCUCCAGAUGUUUUAACAUCUCAAAAUGUAAGUAAAUGUUUAAAGCUUGAUGAAGAAAUUGGAAGAAAUAUCGUAGAUUUACGUAGAAUGCAACAUAUGACAAAUGAAUCGAAUACUGCAAGUUCAAGAGUUUAUCGAGAGGCAUACCUGCCAGACACAGCCAGUGAAGGAAAUCGAUGCAGAUAUUGCAAACUCAUAAUGCAACAAAUGUUGAAGUUUGUCCUAUGGACUAUUUAGCAUAUUCCGGUACAAAUAGGUAUUCAAAAUCUGAUGAAGAAACUCGAAGAACUGCCAAUAUGCAAUUCUCGGUUAAUUGGAGCAAUAACACAAGUUCUUAUCAGGAGGAUUCGCAUUUGCCAGUCAUAGGAAGUGAAAGAAGUCAAUGGUUAUAUUAUAAAGCAAUUAAAGAUUUGCAAACAUCUAUGCUGAAGUCUUCAAAUGAUAACACAUCAAUUAAUUAGUAACACAUCAAACCAUUAUCAUUUUGCAACGGAUACCUUUACAUUUCAUAAUAUAUGUGAGUGUCCAGGAUCUCAGGAAAAUAUUAGAGAAAAUCCAGCGAAUAUAUUGAUACAUAUUUCAGCAUAUAAAAAAGAUAAUUCAAAUAUAUGCUUUUAUCAAGCUAGUGCAAGUAUUGGCAAGUCGCAGAAAAUAAAAAAAUUCAAUGAUAAAAGUUGCAAACGUUAUCUUUUAUCAAAUGAUGUAUGUAAUUUAAAGUAAUUUUAUACUAUUUUAAAGUGAUUUUGUACUAUUCACUUAUGUAUUCUAUUCUAGUUUCUAUUCUUUUAUUUGAAUUUAUAUGAAUUUUAAGUAUUACAAUUCGA